AUGGUACCGUGGAACGCGGAGGAAGUCAAGCAGCUUGAGAAAGCUGAAACUACGUUGACACUAGAGAAGAACGGAUUUACUCAGUUACCUGAAAGCUUGGUAGUGAUGCAGUGGAUGCCGUGUGGGGGUAAUUUUAUGAAGCUCUACAUUCGUGACAACUACCUCAUCAAUCUGUCAGCUGCUAUUGGAAUCUCUCUAAAACUUGAAAUCCUGACUCUACAUCGCAACUUACGGCUGAUCGUGAAAGCUUUGUUUGAAAGGCCGCAUAUAGACGUUAAUGCUCUCGAGCCGCUAUCAGAAGAUUUCGGGCUGCUUCAAAGUCAAGAAAGCUCGGCAUUUUGGGCACAUAAUCUCACAUUGCUGUCUGACUUCUUCAAGAACUUGUAUAAACUGGAAGAUCUGUAUGCGGAGCGCAAUCAGUUGGUUAAGACCUGGGAUAAAUCCAGUCCUUGCAGAAGGCAUGUGCUGACACAACAGUUGCCUGAUUAA